GCAGCCAUUAUCAGCAAUCACUUUGUUGGAGUACAGUGGUACUGUGCUAGGAGUAAUGCAUUGAGUUUUACCACCACCUUGUACACAGGAUUUUAUAAUCUUAUAAGAUAAAAGUAGACAGCUGCUGAUUAGAAACACUGCUUUGAGUUACAUCCAUAAAAGGAUGAUGAUUCAUUAGGGGAAAAUCGGGAAGCCUAUGAUGCAAUUUUGAUAAUUUAGAUUGAACUUUUACAAAAUUAUUUUUGGGUUUCUAGUAAUUUCGCUGCAAUUCCACUUAUUCAGAGAUCACUGCUGAUGAGUGUUAUUCAGAAAUGGGGCAUGCUUCUGUAGCCCAUCGGAGCAAGGGUCCUUGAGCGUUUUGCUCAUGGAAGUGUCCCUAGUGCCUAGGACGGUGUCUGGCACACUGUGGGCCUUCAGUAGGUGUGCAGUGAAUGAAUAAGUACAUUUACGCCAUGGGACUUUCUGCAGAGAAUUGCAGUUGCCACUGUGUCUUACUAGGUUAAGUUCAGACCAGUGUGGCCCAGGAUGGGCUGUGGAUGCCCUUUCCUCCAGUUUGGCCGACAAAAGUCAUAGUGCUGCAUUUUGUGGUGGUCAGCGAUUGCCAGGGGACAGGAAAUGAAAGGAGGGUGUUGAAAGCUGUGCCCUGAUACCUGGGCCUGCCUGUCUCCUGCCCUCCUAUCUGCUGAUUCGGCCUGUGUGUGAGAGUGGUAGCAGGGCAUAGGAUCGACUCUGUGGCCACGUCUUGAGAACACAUAUUUGCUGAAGAAUGGCCCCCUAGCCCCAGAACACCUGGCUACAGCAGAAGCCACUGCCCUCUACAUAUCACUCCUCUCUCCCCUAGCAGUGAGGCUGUGGUUCAGGUUCAUUCUUUUAACGAGCCUCGAGGAAAUGGCUCAGCUGGCUUGGCUCAUUCAUUUCCUUGUCAGGAAAGUCAGUGUGACCUUGACCAUCAGCGGGAGACCUGCAGCCAGCACAUUGUGUGUCUGGCUGGAUUCACUAACGAUUGAGAGGUACCGUUGGCAAGUCCCCAUGCUGUAAGUGUUGUGUGCUGCUAAUUUAUGGUCUGAGGCAGGGGUGAGAGGUACUAAUUUGCAAGAGUCAUUUCUGAUUUCCCUGGGUGGUGGAGGCCUUCGAUGAGUAUCACUGGAAGAAAACUGUUGUGGAAAACAAAGAGAAAGAUGAGACACACUUGCUUUGAGUGAUGGGGAAUAUAAUUAAUUUGCAGCCUAAGAAUUUAUUAGCAGGUAACUUUGGAUUUAUAAAGUCCUCCAAAAGGAGUCAUUUGUUCAAGUGCAAAUCCAACCAUGAACCUUUUCUUCUUUGUUCGUGUUGUCUUUGAGGAAGGAUUCAGGGCCAGGGAGAGGGGCGGGGACCUGCUGUUUAGGGGAGGGUGGCCAGAGGAGAGCUGGCCUACCCUAGACACCAGCCCCGGGGCUGUUGCUUCUUGGGCAAAGCUUGCUCUUAGCCAUCUUCUCCAUAAACUGUGCUUGGAGAAGAAAGCAUGACAAACCUAGGGUGGUGAACUUUUCAGAAGCGAGAGUCGGUUUAAAUAUAGAUGAUCUGCUUUACUGGCAACUUGGAGGCUGCCGUGGGACUUGUUGUACCUUUUGUAAGACAAGCGAGGAAAGAUAUUGGCACCUGUACAUGCACAGUUUGUUUAUGAAAUAUAAACUCUGUAGACGCGAGGGCUCCAGAGGUCAGCGUCCGAGGUAGCACGUCCUACCUUAGCUGGGGGAAAGGUGCCUCCAAGCCCUCCCUGCUGAUUGCCUCAAUCCCUAGAGAAAUUUGGGACUGCCAGGCUUAACUGUUAUUUAUGGAGUGCUGACUCUGGUGGGAGUGGGUACGGAGAAGUUUCUGUGAAACUGACAAAUCACUGGGCUCCAUUUCCUUUCCCAGGGAGGAGAGACAAUACCUUGGGAGCUCCCGAGGCUAGCCCUUAUUCAGAGAACUGUAGCUCUUUUCAAAGCUUGAGGGAUUUGACUCCUGUGCUGCCCCCCUCCCGCCCCCCCAGCCAGCUCAGAGCCGAGGGGAGCUGCCGUCUCAGGGUCCAGGGCUGCACAUCCUCCUCAGUAUUCCACAGCAGCUGUCUGGAGUUUUUUCUGCUGUGCCUGAACUGAUGUCAUUUCCCCCUUGGCAGACAGCUUGGGCUUUGCUGCGUCUGAGAUAUGUCACGAGAAGGUGGGGGUGGGUCGGAGCCAGGCAGGGGGAGCAGCGGGGACAGCGGGAGGGAGAGCGCCUGCCUGGUCCCAGGACUCUGUUUACUUUCUCUUCUUUGCUCAGGAAGGCGGGUUAACCGGGCCGAGGAACACGCAGGCCCACCUGGGGGAAAUGCUCAUUCCAAGACCUUAACUUUUCAAAGCCCUUUGUUCCAAACGUUAGUGUGGACGAUGCUCUUACAGGAUGCCUUUCCUUUUGGGUCUUAGACAGGAUAAGGAAACCUGUGUGGGUACCAACAAUCAGAGCUACAUUUGUGACACAGGACACUGCUGUGGACAGUCUCAGUGCUGCAACUACUACUAUGAACUCUGGUGGUUCUGGCUGGUGUGGACCAUCAUCAUCAUCCUGAGCUGCUGCUGCGUGUGCCACCACCGCCGAGCCAAGCAUCGCCUUCAGGCCCAGCAGCGGCAGCAUGAAAUCAACCUGAUUGCCUACCGGGAAGCCCACAAUUACUCAGCGCUGCCAUUUUAUUUCAGGUUUUUGCCAAACUAUUUACUACCUCCUUAUGAGGAAGUGGUGAACCGACCUCCGACUCCUCCCCCACCGUACAGUGCCUUCCAGCUACAGCAGCAGCAGCUGCCCGCACAGUGUGGCCCCCCAGGCGGCAGCCCCCCAGGCGCCGAUCCCACCAGGGGCCCCCAGGGGGCGCAGAGCAGCCCCUUGUCUGGGCCCAGCAGAAGCAGCACCAGACCUCCGAGCAUCGCUGACCCUGAGCCCUCUGACGUGCCCGCCAGCACAGCAGCCACCAAAGCCCCUGGAAUGGAGCCCAGUGGCUCUGUGGCCGGCCUGGGGGAGCUGGACCCUGGGGCAUUCCUGGACAAAGAUUCCGACUGUAAGGAGGAGCUGCUGAGAGAUUACAGCUCAGAGCAGGGCGGCGGCCUCCCGGAUAGCAAAGACAAGACGCCCGGCAGACAUCGCCGCUUCACGGGUGACUCGGGCAUUGAGGUAUGUGUGUGCAGCCGAGGCCACCACGACGACGAUCUCAAGGAGUUCAACACACUCAUUGACGAUGCUCUGGAUGGGCCCCUGGACUUCUGCGACAGCUGCCAUGUGCGGCCCCCCGGUGACGAGGAGGAAGGCCUCUGCCAGCCCUCCGAGGAGCAGGCCCGAGAGCCCGGGCACCCCCACCUGCCACGGCCCCCCGCGUGCCUGCUGCUGAAUACCAUCAAUGAGCAGGACUCCCCGAACUCACAGAGCAGCAGCUCCCCCAGCUAGAGCAGGCCCGGCCUGUGCCGGAGAACUUGGCAAAGCAACCAGGGUAGGGGAGCAGCAGGAGAGAAGCAUUAAAUGACUUUCAGAGAAAGUGGUGCCGCCACUGCAUUCUUCGCCCCCUCCCCGCCGGUCCUGCGUUUUCCCGCACCUCCAGGUACCGCUUGGGGAGCGGAGGCCUCUCCGCCCACAGGAGCACAGUGUCGUGGAGGGCCGACAGGGUGGCUCGUUCUCUGACUCGUUCCUCAUACCCGACCCUGUCCCCUUUUCCUCUUUUCGAGUCGUAUCUCGCUACCUGCCCCGGUCAGAGAGAUGUGUGUUUCCGAGGCCCCCACGGAGGAGGCCGAGACUGUGCCCUGAGGUGACUCUUAGUGGUGGAGUGGAUUUGUGCUCUGGUGUUUGGUUUAAGAGAACUUCUCUGUGUCUCAGUCCAGGAGAGGUGGCAGGGCUCAGCCCUGGGUGAAGAAGGAAGCCCGCAGAGGCCCAGGGAUUGUCACCCUUUGCUGCCCAGGUGUGCCGAGACAGAACUGGGCUAGUCCUGGGGUAGGAUGAGAGCAGACAGGCAGUUAACAAGGUUGGUAGGAGGCCUACUGCUCCCUCAAAUCCCUGGUCGUGAGGUCGAUGUACCGCAGUGCAUUCAUGAGGGCCCUUCCCAGUAGGUUCUGGCUGGCACAGCCUGGUUCAGGGUGAAACAUUCUAUCACCUUCUUUUUGGUUUUUCCUUAAACAACAAUAACAACAGUAACAGCAACAGCAAGCUGAAAACAAGGACUUGACCAGCGGGCCGGCAAGAAUUCUCUUCUGGAAAAGGGAAGUUUGUGGCUCUAUCCCAAGUUGACCUUCAAAGAGCCUGGCUGCUAUUGAGCCGGGAGGAGAUGUUUUGUGUGCAGGCUUGGGUCGGGGCUCUCUCGGAACUUCCGUGGGAGCACAGCAGAGCCCAAGCCGUGGGGGAGCGUCUGGUGUAGCUUGCCACAUCUCUACCCUUCGGGCUGUGCCUGUAGGUGACCAGGGUCUUCUCCCCACCCAACACAGUCUGCGGGGCUGUGGGU